UCCUCUGAAUGACAUCACUCGCAAAUACCUAUCCGGUGGUCAAGAUUGCAAUUGUUCUUUUAUUUAAAGCUGGCUUAAACGAUGUUAACUACCGUUUGUUUGCGCGGAAGCGUGUUGAAAUUGUAUGAUAAAAUGUGUAAGAAAAAAAUCGAAUCUGAAUCGCGCUGUGCAAUUGCGAUUCGAUUAACGAUUCCGAGGCCUGUCCUGUACAGUAACACACAUGGCCGUGCACGCGCGUGUUGGUAUUGUACUGUAAGUGAAACACACGUGUUGUGUUCUACUGUCAGUGAAACACACGUGUUGUGUUGUACUGUCAGUGAAACACAACACGUGUUGUGUUGUACUGUCAGUGAAACACGUGUUGGUAUUGUACUGUCAGUGAAACACGUGUUGUGUUGGACUGUCAGUGAAACACACGUGUUGUAUUGUACUGUAAGUGAAACACGCGUGUUGUGUUGUACUGUCAGUGAAACACACGUGUUGUACUGUAAGUGAAACACGUGUUGUGUUGUACUGUAAGUGAAACACACGUGUUAUUGUACUGUCAGUGAAACACACGUGUUGUACUGUCAGUGAAACACACGUGUUGUGUUGUACUGUCAGUGAAACACGUGUUGUGUUGUACUGUCAGUGAAACACGUGUUGGUAUUGUACUGUCAGUGAAACACACGUGUUGUGUUGUACUGUCAGUGAAACACGUGUUGGUAUUGUACUGUCAGUGAAACACACGUGUUGUGUUGUACUGUCAGUGAAACACACGUGUUGUGUUGUACUGUCAGUGAAACACACGUGUUGUGUUGUACUGUCAGUGAAACACGUGUUGGUAUUGUACUCAGUGAAACACACGUUGUGUUGUACUGUCAGUGAAACACACGUGUUGUGUUGUACUGUCAGUGAAACACGUGUUGGUAUUGUACUCAGUGAAACACACGUGUUGUGUUGUACUGUCAGUGAAACACACGUGUUGUGUAGCGCUGUCAGUGAAACACACGUGUUGUGUUGUACUGUCAGUGAAACACACGUGUUGUGUUGUACUGUCAGUGAAACACACGUGUUGUGUUGUACUGUCAGUGAAACACGUGUUGGUAUUGUACUCAGUGAAACACACGUGUUGUGUUGUACUGUCAGUGAAACACACGUGUUGUGUAGCGCUGUCAGUGAAACACACGUGUUGUGUUGUACUGUCAGUGAAACACACGUGUUGUGUUGUACUGUCAGUGAAACACACGUGUUGUGUUGUACUGUCAGUGAAACACACGUGUUGUGUUGUACUGUCAGUGAAACGCACGUGUUGGUAUUGUACUCAGUGAAACACACGUGUUGUGUUGUACUGUCAGUGAAACACGCGUGUUGGUGUCGCGCUGUCAGGAGUAGUGUACAACUAAAUUACAUCACGGCCGCAACAAGCUCGCGAACAACGGCAGGCGGCACAGCAGCAACCAUCACCAACCUCACAAGUUGCAACAACAACAACAAAAAAUAAAUAUAACACAACCAGCGCGCUCCAAUACGUCAAUAGUUUACACGGAUACGUUAAUGGGUAACGCUUUGUAACGCGCUUCACUGCGAUAUCCACAUCCACGCAUCGACAAGAAGGAACUCUCCACGACACCGCCAUGAGCUGGGCCAUCGCGGUCGCCGCUUCGAGCGCGGUGCGCGCCACCGCCCGACCCGCCACCCCCUUCGGCCGCCUCCUGCUGCCGGGCAGCGUGGCCCCGAAGCCGGCGGGGCGGCUAGGCGAGACCGUGGUCUCCUCCCCUUCUCCUCCUCCGCUCGCGGGUCCAGUGUGCCGCCUCAGCUCGUGGCGACGGACCCCCGCCGGCGUUGGCGAUGCCUGGGACAGCGUCCGCACCAAGGUGGCGGCCCUGCUGCCCGAGGGCGACGUGCCGACCGUGUGCGGCGACGCGAACCUGCCCGAGCUGCCCCCCGAGGAGACGGACGUGGUGGUGGUGGGCGGCGGCGUCAUGGGCUGGUCCACGGCCUACUGGCUGGCGCGCAAGGGCACCACGCUGCGCAAGCGCCAGCGCGUCCUGCUCGUGGAGAAAGACCCCCAGUACAAGCGUGCGUCGUCCGUGCUUGCUGUGGGUGGCAUUCGGCAGCAGUUCAGCCUCCCCGAAAACAUCCACAUGUCCAUGUACGGGGCUUUCUUUCUGCGCAACAUCAAGGACCACCUGACCAUUCCGGGUGAGGACCCCCCCGAGGUGUUCUUCAACCCAUCCGGAUACCUCAUGCUGGCCAGCGAAAAGGAGGCAGCGGCCAUGGAGGAGAAACACCGCAAUCUGCUGAGAGAGAAAUGCAAGGUGGAUCUCCUCUCACCUACCCAGCUUAAGACCAAGUUCCCCUGGAUCAACACAGAGGGAAUCGCCUUGGCUACAUAUGGGCUGGAGAACGAGGGCUGGUUCGACCCCUGGGCUCUGCUGCAGGCGCUGCGCAGGAAAGCGCUCUCCAUGGGCGUCUACUACUACAGCGGCGAGGUCACCGGGUUUAAGUUCUCCAAUUGGAUGGGAAGCAGCAGCAAUCCGAUCAUUCACAAGGUCUAUGUGAUGGCGCCCCACAGCCGCGUGUACCAGCCUGUGGACUGCUCGAUGGUGGUGAACGCGACGGGCGCUUGGAUGGGCCAGGUGGCGCGCAUGGCCGCCCUGGGCUCGGGCGCGCAGGGCCUGGGCGCGUACGGCCGUGUGACCCACACCCUGCCAGACACGCGGCCCGAGUUCGGCCCCCUGCUCCCGCAGCUGCCCAUCGGGCCUAGAAAAAGGUACGUGUACGUGUUCCACUGCCCCGAUGGGCCGGGCUUGGACUGUCCCCUCGUUGUGGACCCAAGCGGGGCCUACUUCAGGAGGGAGGGCAUCACAGGCAACUACAUCGGGGGCAUGUCUCCUCCACCGGACGAGGAGCCGAGCGUGGACAACCUGGACGUGGACUACGACUACUUCCAGGAGAAGGUGUGGCCCCUCCUGGCACACCGUGUGCCGGCAUUCCAGUCACUCAAGGUGCGCAGCGCGUGGGCCGGAUAUUACGAGCACAACGAGUUUGACUCAAACGGGGUGAUCGGCUUCCUGCCCGAGGUGCCCAACCUGUUGCACGUGGGCGGCUUCAGCGGGCACGGGCUGCAGCACGCGGCUGCCGCGGGGCGCGCCGCCGCCGAGAUCCUCGCCGACGGGGAGCUCACCACGCUCGACCUGCGCCGUCUCGCGCCCAUGCGCAUCCUAGACGGCGAGCCGCUGCUCGAGGACUAUAUCGUGUGACGCCCGCUAGAGGGGGGGGGGGGAGGGUGGGCACCAGCGGUGUGAGGCUUGAGUGGGGUCUUUCGGAGGGCUUGGAUAGGAAUAGGAUACAUUUGGCGGGCCGCCACACGUGAACUCGCACCUUAACCACUUGUAUAACGGAAAGAUGGAUGGCGGGGGGGGCGGCGGCCUUUCCCUUAUGGCCGAAUAGGGCUUCGAGGGACGCGCGAUGACAAGUUCCUUGCCCACUCAUAAAUGCCAUUUGAUCAUUGCUUGAGCGCUGACGUGGCCCUGGGUUAAUAGGAAUAGAUUUGGAAUGUUAUCAAAAGUGCAUUCACCCAUGGUAGAUCUUGCCUUUACGUUGUUUUUAUGCCCCCGAACUGUACUUAAAUUGCAUUUGAUUUGUGUUGUUCAAAUCCAGAUUUACUGUGUUGAUAUCAAUUCAUUUCAUAUACGACAAUGGGAGAUUGAUUCUAGCCUUGCCUUGUCCUCAUGGCUCGUGUCAUUUAUUUUGCCUCGUUACCCUCUGAGAGCUUUGAUUACAACGAUGUGUUUCUUGUGCAAACUCAUUGGUGCUUGUCUUCCAUGGCCUUGGAUAUUUGCCCUGUAAUUUGUGUGAUCCUGACAGGUCUGCUGCUAUAGACACACCGGGACAAGAUUUUCCCCCAAAAUUAUUAUUGAUGCAAUUGAUUUUACAUUGUGAGAGAGAGUGUUGAAGGAUAAAUAAAUUGGAAAUACAAGGUGUGUGA